AUGAUGGACAAUUCAUCUGGAGAGAUCAUGUUUGUGCUUCAGGGACUGAAUGACACAAGGACCAACAAACAGAUUUACUUUGCAUUUGGCCUCUUGAUUUACCUUUUGACUCUGUUUAUAAAUUUUACACUGGUUAUUACAAUUGCUCUAGAUAAAAUGCUACAUGAGCCAAUGUAUCUGUUUGUAUGUAAUUUGUUUGUUAAUGGAAUAUAUGGUGCCUCUGGUGUCUAUCCAAAGAUCCUUGCUGAUUUGAUAUUAGAUUCUCCUGUUAUCUCAUAUACUGGAUGCAUGACACAAAUAUUCAUAAUUUACUCUUAUGGUUUUUGUGAAUUUACAUGUCUGACAGUGAUGGCCUAUGACAGGUAUACAGCAAUUUGUAAGCCUUUGGAGUAUCGUUCCAUUAUAACAAACCAGAAGGUGGCAAAAUUGCUAGUUUGUACCUGGCUAUACACCUUAUUAGAGACACUCCUUGGGGUUGGUCUGACAACCCGACUUCCAUUUUGUGGUAACAACAUUGACAAGCCUUACUGCUCUAACUGGGAAGUUGUUAAGUUAUCUUGCACAGAUGUGACAGUGAACAACCUGUAUGGGUAUAUCCUAAUACUUUCUCAUUUUUUCCAAGCUGUGCUUAUCAUUGUGUCAUAUGUUCACAUUAUCAGAGCUUCAUUGCGGUCCAAGACUCAGUGGAUUAAAUUCGUGCAGACAUGCCUUCCCCACUUAAUAACUUUCAUGAACUUUACCAUUUCCAUGCUGUUUGAUGCCAUGUAUUCUCGCUAUGGUAAAAACGAAGGAUCCCAAGCUGUUCGCAGUAUCUUGCGGAUGGAAUUUCUCAUUGUUCCUCCUCUCUUAAAUCCUUUAAUAUAUGGGAUGAAAGUCACCCAGAUACGGCAUAGCUUUCUAAAAAUGUACAGCUACAAAUCUAAAGCACUGAGACAGAGGUACUAUUAG